AACUCAAACACAAACACACACAUCCCUCUACCUCUCUCUCCCAAAUCUCUCCUUGCCCACCCCCAUUAAUUAUGCUACUUACUGAGCUUUAGUUCAUCCCACUCUCUGACAAUCUUUUAGAUAAAUUUGCUAUACCUCGGGCAUGGAGCUUAUUUUAUUGGUGGUGAUUGGAGCAUUACGCUAAUUGAGAGAUUUAUGCUAUUAUUGAGUGGUGACUCAACGUACUAAAUUUAUCGAGACCAUAGAUAAUUCUAUUGGAGGUGUUACUUUCACUAAGCGGGAAGCGUGGAGAUGUGGAAUUGAGAAUUGUGGAUAGACAUAAUAUUGAUGAGAAGAUAUCAAAAAGAGGUUUGAGCUUAAAAGAAAUAUUUAACUCUUCUAAUGAAGAUGAGAAAAGGGAAUUCGAAGAUGCAGAAGCUGCUAUUGUAGAUUUGGUUGGAGAGAUAAUGUCUAAAGCUGACUCUGGGAAUAGGGAUAGUAUUCUUGAAGAUUUGGUAAAUUCAGAUGAGACAUCCAUACUGAUUUUAAGGAAUCUUAAGUUUCCUUUGAGAGAGAAGGAUAUUUCGAGUAGGACAUUUCCGGAAUUGGAGUCAGGAGAUGUAAAAGUCAUGGACUACAUGGUCUCUCAAAACUGUGCCCAUAUUCUACGGUCGUUAUUUGCCAAAUACAGGGAUAUCAGUGCAAGCUCCAAUGAGGAUGAGACAUUCAUAUCGAUUCUAAAGGAUCUUAAUCAUCCUAUGAGAGAGGAUAUUUUGAAUAUGACAUUUUUUGAAUUGGAGUCAGAAGUUGUAGAAGUCAGGGACUACAUGGUUUCUCGGAACUGUGCCCCUAUUCUAGAGUCCUUAUUUGACAAAGACGGGGAUAUUAGUGCAAGCUCCACUUUAAAUCCAAAGACAAAGAUGCAUGUCCUUAACAUUGUUGGUGGGGUUGCACAAAGCAUGUGCGACACCAAGGUUAAGGAUAUCACUUCUAAUUUACUUCUCAAUUGGUGGAAGAACCUUAAACUUGCGCAGAAUGUUGGGUUCAAUGUUCAGUUUGCCUUUGACCAUUUGUAUGGACUUGCACAAGCACAGUUUCGUAUGGAUCGUGAAUUUAGAGCUAACUUGAUCCUUUAUCUUUCUCAAAUGAAGAUUGAGAAACUACCAACUAUAUUGGAGGUACACAAAGAUGAACAAAAGCAGUUUAUACGAUCUAGAAGAAAAAAAUCAAUAUUAGAGAAGGAUUGCUUGAUUUAGGACAUGGAAUCAAGGUUGAUGCCUGCAGGGAUGGGUUUAAUGUGAUCGAAAAGUUGGAUGAGACUUUUGUAAAAGCAUUGCAGUUCUUUUAUGGAAUCUUCAGUUUUCAUUUUGAAAUUUUAUUUGCAGUUGUGUGGUUCUCGUUGUUGUUCUUACUGUUAUUUCUUCAAUGUAAA